AUAGAAACAAUAAAAAUUAGAAAAGAGUGUUUUAUAGCCAAGUGAGAGUUGAGAGUUCAGACAAUCCAACUUUUGCCAUCACUUGAUCGCUAUUAACUGACUUUCAUAGUGUUCCUGAAAUUGAGAUGGCAACAGUAGUUUCCAAGAGUGUGGAAGAAUUGUCCCUGACCAAUGAUGAACCGCCAUCAGAAUACAUAGUCAGAGGAUGCAGUGUUGCACCUCCAGAUCUGUCUUCAUCUGCAUCUUCAUCUCCAUUUCCAGUCAUUGAUGUCAGUCUCUUCUCCUCAUCUUCAUCAGCUUCUGAUAACAGAAACAGUGAAGUCGAUACUGCGUUAUACACUCUAAGAUCAGCUCUCAGCUCAACUGGAUGCUUCCAGGCAAUUGGACAUGGGAUGCCAAGUUCAUUUCUUGACAGGGUACGAGAAACGGCAAAUCAAUUUUUUGAACUUCCAAAGGAAGAGAAAGAAAAGUACGCCCGGUCUAUCAAUGAAAGUGAAGGCUAUGGGAGUGACAGGGUAGUUUCAGAAAAUCAAGUUCUUGACUGGUCUCAUCGUCUAACUCUUAGGGUAUUUCCACAAGAUAAAAGAAGAAUCAAUCUUUGGCCAGAAAAUCCAACUGACUUCAGUGAGAUCUUGCACGAAUAUUCCCUCAAGGUAAAGUCUAUGAUUGAUCUUCUGUAUAAGGCCAUGGCAAGAUCAUUAAAUCUUGAAGAGAAUAGCUUCUCAGGCCAGUUCGGAGAACGGGCACUUAUGCAAGCAAGAUUUAAUUUCUAUCCGAGGUGUUCAAGGCCUGAUUUGGUUCUGGGGGUAAAACCUCAUACCGAUAGAUCAGGCAUUACAGUUUUGUUACAGGAUAGAGAAAUUGAAGGUCUUCAAAUCUUGAUAAAUGACAGAUGGGUUCGAGUUCCUGUAAUUCCUGAUGCUUUUGUUAUCAAUCUGGGAGACCAAAUGCAGAUAAUGAGUAAUGGAAUAUUAAAAAGCCCUCUGCACAGGGUAGUGACAAACACAGAGAAGUUGAGGAUAUCAGUUGCCUUAUUCCAUGAACCAGAGCCAGAGAAAGAGAUAGGACCUGUGGAUGGCUUAGUGGAUGAGCAGAGACCAAGAUUAUACAGAAAUGUGAAGAAUUAUGGUGCUAUUAAUUACGAGUGUUACCAGAAAGGGAUUGUAGCAAUUGACACAGUCAAAGUUUAAUGUUCUACUCUCACGAUAUUGCUAUAUGGUGUUGAAUUAAUAGUACAAACUGUAUCAGAACCAUGAUCUUAAUGUAAUAAUGUCACAAACUAAUUGGAUUAA